GACCAGUGGAAAUCCUCCAAAUUUUAGUAGGGAACAUUUGCCCUUUUUAAGGAAAUUGGUUUUCAAUAUGUAAAGCACUCGCAAUCUUUGUGCCUACUGUAAGAGUCAGUUAAAUUGGUGAAUACGAUUAAAAAUUUAGAGAGGUGAUAGGCAGGAAUAGGGAUUGAUUUUUAUAAACUUCCUUUCUAAUGGAAGUCAGAUUAAAAACAACUAUGGAAAAAAAAAAAGAUUGACACAUGGUUAUUAAAAUAAAAGGCACUAUGGAAGAUACCCUUUUAAUAAAAAUACCACUGUUUUCAUUUCUGUAGCUUUAUUACGUAGAACUCAUUGUGCUUGUUUCUUCUAAUGCGUUUCUGUGUACCACUGUUGUCAUUAUUAUGGACCAUCAAUGAGCAAGCUUCAUAAUUCUUCCCCAGCCCAAGUGUAUUGGACUCGUGGGCAUUAAUUGCAAAUAAAUUUUUGUUUUUUCAGAGACUAUUUUGAAAGGAUAUUUGAUGUGAUUGAUUCUUGGACUCUUUAAAUUAUUUUAGUGGUUUAGAUUAACAUAGUGUAACAGAAAAUUCAAACUAACAGUGACUUAAAACAAGAGAAAAUUUAAUUUCUUCCCCCCAUAAAAGCCCAGAGAUAGUCACUACAGAUCUGCUAUGGUGGAUCUUAAGUGUCAAAGACACAGGCUUUCUAACUUACUAUCUUCCAUUCCCAAGGUUACCUCAUGAACCAGAAUUGCUGUUGAAGCCCUAGCCAUUGCAUCUUUAUUCCAGUCAAAAGGAAGGAGGAAGAGAAGAAGAAGGGCAUGCCCCCCCUCUUUAAAGGACACCUUUUUAGAAGCCACAUACGGUUUUUUAGCUUAUAUCCAGUUGACCAGAAUAUGGUCCCAUGGCCAUACCCAGCCACAGGGGAGGCUAAGAUAAGUGUCUCUUCUGUGAGACCUUGUGCCAAGCUAAAAAUUGGGGGUUCCGUCAUUAAGGAAUAAGAAGAGAAUUGGUAUUGGAGACAGUCAGCCACGCCACUUCUUCGGUUUAAAAAUGGAUUAUUUAAAAAGGAGAAAGAUGUUUUCCAGUUAAAAUCCUCGGCACUUAGACCGGAGGCACUCUUGUAUUUGCAGUUAAUGUGUUAAGAGCCAUUGACAUUUGAAGAUCAUCAGAAGUGAAGAUAAAACAUCUCAAAAAUUAUAAUAUAGAGAUUUAGAAAGAAGACAAAACCAAGCAAAAAAGCAACGACAACAAAAAAACCCAGUCCCUUUUUUUGGUUUAUGAUUUCUAAUAACCAGUUAAUCUGUUAACUAGUAGAAUAUUCGAAAAUGUGGGUAGAACAGUAUUGAGAAUUAUGAAGAAGAGCCCUUGGCAGUGCCUCCACUUCUCAUUCGGAGAAUUCAGUGCAUACAAAAUCAGCUUCUGUCAUAUCAUCGGAUUCCAUUUCAACUUCUGCAGAUAAUUUUUCUCCUGAUUUGAGGGUCCUGCGGGAGUCUAACAAAUUAGCAGAAAUGGAAGAACCACCCUUGCUUCCAGGAGAAAAUAUUAAAGACAUGGCCAAAGAUGUAACUUACAUAUGUCCAUUCACUGGUGCUGUACGAGGAACUCUGACUGUCACAAAUUACAGGUUAUAUUUCAAAAGUAUGGAACGGGACCCUCCGUUUGUUUUAGAUGCUUCUCUUGGUGUGAUAAGUAGAGUAGAAAAAAUUGGUGGUGCUUCCAGUCGAGGUGAAAAUUCUUACGGACUAGAAACUGUGUGCAAGGAUAUCCGGAAUUUACGGUUUGCUCAUAAACCCGAGGGGCGAACAAGAAGGUCUAUAUUUGAGAACCUAAUGAAAUAUGCAUUCCCUGUCUCUAAUAACCUGCCCCUUUUUGCUUUUGAAUACAAAGAAGUAUUCCCUGAAAAUGGGUGGAAAGUGUAUGAUCCUCUUUUAGAGUAUAGACGGCAGGGAAUUCCUAACGAAAGCUGGAGGUUGACAAAGAUAAAUGAACGAUAUGAGCUGUGUGAUACAUACCCCGCCCUCUUGGUUGUUCCAGCAAAUAUUCCUGAUGAAGAAUUAAAAAGAGUAGCAUCCUUCAGAUCAAGGGGCCGUAUCCCAGUUUUAUCGUGGAUUCAUCCAGAAAGUCAAGCCACAGUCACUCGUUGUAGCCAGCCCAUGGUAGGAGUGAGUGGGAAGCGAAGUAAAGAAGAUGAAAAAUACCUUCAAGCCAUCAUGGAUUCCAAUGCCCAGUCUCAUAAAAUCUUUAUAUUCGAUGCUCGGCCAAGUGUUAAUGCUGUUGCCAAUAAGGCAAAGGGUGGAGGUUAUGAAAGUGAAGAUGCCUAUCAAAAUGCAGAACUAGUUUUUCUGGAUAUCCACAAUAUUCAUGUUAUGAGAGAAUCAUUACGGAAACUUAAGGAGAUUGUGUACCCCAACAUUGAGGAAACUCACUGGUUGUCUAACUUGGAAUCUACUCACUGGCUAGAACACAUUAAGCUUAUUCUUGCAGGGGCUCUUAGGAUUGCUGACAAGGUCGAGUCAGGGAAGACGUCUGUAGUAGUACAUUGCAGUGAUGGUUGGGACCGCACAGCUCAGCUCACUUCCCUGGCCAUGCUCAUGUUAGAUGGAUACUACAGAACCAUUCGAGGAUUUGAAGUCCUUGUGGAGAAAGAAUGGCUAAGUUUUGGACAUCGAUUUCAACUAAGAGUUGGCCAUGGAGAUAAGAACCACGCAGAUGCAGACAGAUCGCCUGUUUUUCUUCAGUUUAUUGACUGUGUCUGGCAAAUGACAAGACAGUUUCCUACAGCAUUUGAAUUCAAUGAAUAUUUCCUCGUUACCAUUUUGGACCACCUGUACAGCUGUUUGUUUGGAACAUUCCUAUGUAACAGUGAACAGCAGAGAGGAAAAGAGAAUCUUCUCAAAAGGACUGUGUCACUGUGGUCUUACAUAAAUAGCCAGCUUGAAGACUUCACUAAUCCUCUCUAUGGGAGCUAUUCCAAUCAUGUCCUUUAUCCAGUAGCCAGUAUGCGCCACCUAGAGCUCUGGGUGGGAUAUUACAUAAGGUGGAAUCCACGGAUGAAACCACAGGAGCCCAUUCACAACAGAUAUAAAGAACUUCUUGCUAAACGAGCAGAGCUUCAGAAAAAAGUAGAGGAACUACAGAGAGAGAUUUCGAACCGCUCAAGCUCCUCCUCAGAGAGAGCCAGCUCUCCUGCACAGUGUGUCGCUCCUGUCCAGACUGUUGUAUGAAUGGACUGUUUGACUGGGGUUGUCAUCACCACAAACUCUUGACUACCAUGGCAGCUUUAGGAGUCGAAAGUCUUCUGAUUUUGGAACCCAUCUGUGAGAGAAAUUCAGUCACUUUAUUUAUUUUAAAUUUCUCUAGGAUGAGUUUAGAGUCGUACAGUGCAGGUGGCUUAGGUGAAAUAGCACCAUAUACAGUUACAUUAUUACGACACUAAUAAGGCACCCAAAGAAUAUUAAAAUAUUUAAAUCUUGGAUCUGAAGUGGGAACAAUUUCUGAUUUUAAGAGGCAAGUGCUUUGAGAUUUUGGCAUCUGGUAAAACCACUUCAGAAACAUACCUCUUGAUGGGACAGAGCUCAUUGCACAGAGGGAGGGAGUGGCGUCGCAGGGUCCAGACCAACCCGACACUGAGAUCCCACGGCACCCUAUAUAUUAUUGGACCUUGAAGUCGUGAUGGAUCCGAAUCAUCUGAUACCCCUUCCUCCAUCAUGGGUUUUUCUUUUAUGUAAUAAUUGAUUUACUUUGAUUACCUUUCAGCACUCAUAUUUCUCAUAUAGUGAAAGCAGUCUUGAGGAUAUUAUGUAGUAGUAGUUGACAAUUCCUGAUGUCAUUUAUAUACUUAAGAUGUAUUAGUUAAUCCAAAAUGAUGCCUUAUAGAAGUGCUUGGGGUGGGUGGGGGAGAGAAGGUGGUAGCUGUCCAGAUCACAGAAUUCCUCAUCCUUGAGAUUAGCUUCCGUUGGCUCAGUUACCAGAAACAUCAGAGGUUUUAAAAACUCAUUAUCCCUUCAUUUUACUUACAAUUUUGAACACAAGAGGGUUGGCAAAUUUUGAAGCGAUAUUUAAGAAUUUUACUAGGAUUGGUUAUAAAUAGCUUCUGGUAAGACAGAGUACUGUGCUCAAAUUUUACAUGGGAUAUUUUAAUACUUUUUUCCUUUGCGAACUCUGUAAUUCCACUGAGUGAUUGUCUACCAAAGAACACAGUGCAUGUAAAGAUGUAUUACAAUCUCAGUGCCGGUAAAGGAAACCUUGCUUCACGGCGCACCCGCUAUAGGUAAGAGUUUAGCGCUGUGUAAACAUUGACUCCCUGGUGUCUGUUUUACUCUCUAAGAGCCAUAUGUAAAGUACUGUAACAAAGGAGCUUCUUGUCCCAUGGGUCUUUAAUUAAAAGAAAAUUUCAACUGA